AUGGCCCAAAUACUUCGUGCACCGCCAAGCAGCUUUCAGCCCGCUGAGCCUUCGCUGGGUCGAAGGCAGAAGAGGCAACUUAAUCCUAUUUUAGAGGAGGACAGUGACGACGGUCAGAUCGAUAUGCCUUGUCAAAAUCCUCAAAUCAAGGCUCACGCCUGGUUCUCACCCAUGAGUGAUCAUUUCCCGACUCCUCGCGGCGUGAACUUUCUCUCUGCUCCAAUUCUUCCAUCGUCUCCUUCCACAGUUUCUGCCGACAGCUCUCCGAUGACGUCGUCGAAUCCGUGGAACCGUGUUAGUGUCGCGACAGACAAUACCGAGUUUGAGGAUAUUUAUGACGUGUCAGACGAGGAAGAUGACCUGCCACGAGGCUUGCGCCGAAGCAUGUCUCUUAAGAAGGGUCAGCAGUCGGCCGAAGAGACGUCCAAAUUCCUGGGACGCCUGGUCAUUCCCUCGAAUCAUCUUGAGGAGUGGUCUGCUGUUGAUGACCUCAAGAAAUUGGCGUCGCCAGUCCCGCUGACACCGUCGGCACAACUACCCAUGUCGCCGGCUCAGAUCAGCUUCAUGGGACAACAGCAGGCUCUCCAUGUCCCAUCCGCGCCACCCUCACUCGACGGCAGCUUGACCUCUGAGCAGCUGGCAGCGAUGAGUUCUCCGCCUACACCUGUGAUUGGUCAUGAAGAGGUUUCUCAGGAAGAGAAGUGGACGGGAGUGCGACUUCAGCCUGGUGCACUUGCUACUCUGCAUACAUUGGCUUCCAACGAUGGAGAGUCCGAGGAUGAAGCCUCGCAGCCCUUGGAGGUUACACAGAUGGAGAUGCGAUCCAAUAUGGAAAUGCAACAUCUGCCAUUGCGCGUGAUGACAGAUCUCUUGCAACCUCGCCCCAGAACUUCGAAUGCAACCCGCCAAUCCCUGCUGGAGCUCAGCAGACUGGAUAUUCCCUCUCCUGGUGGUUUCUUCUCCGGCCUGUCCCCCGGAGCCCGAAAUACAUGGCAUCUACCAAGUCAAUCUCCGGGAGGCAUGCCCCCGCCUACAUCUACCACUGCAGAGCAAUUUUAUCGCUGCCCAUGGAACACUGAUUCGGACAUUCCACCCGUACCCAGCCGCCCCGACUCAGUAGAGGGCUUCUAUCGCAUUUCUGGACUUUCUUCCGAGCCUGUGGAGCAAGUUAUCGAGAUCCAUGAGGACGAUGAUGAGGUAGAGGAUGACAUGCCUACUGCUCGCCCAAUCCUGCCAACACCAAAGGCAUCCGAGUUUAACAAGGUUGAUGUAGCCCCGCCGUCCCCUGAUGUCGAAGAGAUUCCCACCGAGAUUGUGGUCGACUAUGAUGCUGGCUACGCCCGAAAACAACAAAAAGCUGCCCUUUCUAACUUUGACCGCACCGAACUCUGGCUCUUGGCCCAGCGAUCAUAUCUCAAAGGUGUGGAUGAGAUUGACAAUGGAGCUCUUCAGACCAUUGCAGAAGAUGUCGACAAGGAGGAUCCAACGGAUCAGGAAAAUCUGGCUUCAGAGUCGCAGAAGAAAGUCGUGCGCUUUUCUCACAUCCUGCCGACAGCUCAACCCAAGCGGCUGCCUUCCACGCUUCUUCGCCAAGAAUCAGCAUACUACCGUGCAUUUCAAGACUAUAUCGUGCGCACACAACGCUCAGACGUUUUCAUCCACCAGCUCCCACGCUUCGAAGCUCUGCAAAGCCAGCGUGUUGGUCUCCGCGAGACUCACUUUAAUCAGCUUCUUGGCAAGUACCAGUUGAGCGUUGUCCCCCAGUCGGCCAAGAAGCGUCUCAGCGCCAACGUUGUACGCGGUGAUCUCAACUUGACAGACGACCCUGAAAAGUUACGCAGGGAAAAGGAGCUGGAAGCGAUGAAUCAGAUUGCCAUGCCAUCAUGGCAUGUCGCCGCUCUCAAGUUUCUCAAUGGCGGAAAGUUGAUUCGCGCUCCCAUCACCAAGAGGCUGGCCAGGAUCUCCAUGGCAACUAUGAGCAAAGAUGGCACGACGCGCGACAGGGCUCGCAUACUUGACCUCGGCGGCCAGGCUACUGGAGACUGGGCUUGGCACUGUGCUCUUCAGUACCCCAAUACCAAGAUUUACACGGUUACGACAAAGGCUAUUCGCCAACUGUCCAACGCCAACAUUCGCGGACCACCCAACCAUCGUCAAGUUGCUGUUAAAAAGUUCGGCCGUCUACCCUUCUCUGACAACCACUUUGAUCUCAUCUCCGCCCGCGAGCUUCACAGCAUCCUCAAGUUUGUCGGCGAAAAUGGCGAAGACGAAUGGGAGACGUGCAUACGCGAAUGCAUGCGUGUCCUGAAACCUGGCGGCUACCUCGAGUUUUCCAUUCUCGACUCUGACAUAAUGAACGCUGGUCCUCAGGGCCUGGCAAAGAGCGUCGAGUUUGGCUUCUCCCUUAAGACCCUUGGCUACGACCCCAGCCCCUCCAAGCUUUGGCUGAGAAGACUUGCGCACGCUGGCUUCACCGACACGCGCCGUGCCUGGGUCUGCCUGCCUAUGGGAGCCCAGCGCAACUUUUACAAGUUGCCCGCUGCGCCCGGUCUAGCUGGAACACGAGAUGAGGCGGCUCAGGUUCGUCAGAUGGAGGCCAUGACCAUGGGCAGCGCCGGUAGCAUUGCAGGUGUCUGCAGCAUUGUUGGAGGGUGGAGCUGGGAGCGAUGGCUACUACGAUGCGAGAUGGAAAAGGUUGCAGGAGAAUUGCGUCUGGCCGAUACGGUGACGACGGGAGAGACGAUAAGAGAGGCGGCCAAGUGUCUAGAGGGAGUUCACGGUGUUAUGGAAGAAGGUCGGGGUUGUCGGGCCGGGUUCAGGAUGCUUAACGGAUACACACGAAAGCCUUUUGUCGAUUCCGCGUCAAUUGCGAUUGGAUUCUGUGGAUAA